AUGUCACAGGCCCUCAGUAGUAGGGUGAUUUUGUCUUGCAUUUUGGUAUCUUCUCUUACCAAUUCCUACAUCAGGCAUAAGGUAUCCAGGGAGUGGGAUUCCUUCUUACAAUCAGACUGUCAAAUUGCUGGUGAGGAGGUCAGUGGCACACAUGAAGAAGCUGAUACAGCACAAGGAGCUGAGGAGGACAACAAGAUGAGUGGAGAAGAGGAAGAUGAUGAUACAGACCUGGAUGAGGAUGAGGGAAGCUCCAGCAAGCCUGAUGAUGACAAAUUGGAUGAUAAUGAUGGUGAAUUGGUGGCAGGCCUUGAUGAUAACAAGAACUUAUGCAAUUAUAAAUUUGCCAAUCUGCUUCUAAGUGGCAGUGGCCCUUUUGCUUCCAACAUGGGGCCUUACUACAACAGGGUAAUAAUGGCAGGCAAAAUCAGGGCAAUGACUGUCAACAUGCUUCAAGAUGUCAUGUACCUUGAAAUUAAUGGUGCCCUUUCAUCCUGGAACAUGCAUUACUUCGAUGUCAACAUCACCACCCCUGGCAGGAAAUGA